UGCGCUAGGGGGCGCUGGGCGUAGGAAUUGGCGGACGGCCGCAGGCGGGCUGGGGGUCGGUUUAGGGAAGGACCGGAAGUGCUUGAGCGCGGCGGCGGAAUGGUCCGCUGCGUCUCCCGGCGGCGUCUGGGUAGGCUCGGCGUGCGGCCGCAGAGCUCGGGCUCCAGGGACAGCGAAGGCGGCCGCGGCCGGCUCAAACCAUGUUCCUGGUGCGCUUGACUUCCCAGCUGCUCAGGGCUGUUCCCGGGGCAGGUCGCAGUGGGUCCCCGCGGGUCUCAGAGAUACUGGGCAGGCACGCCUGCAGGCCUCGCUACAGCACGCAGCCCCCAGGCCCCAGUGGGAUUGCCUCUCUUCCUGGCAAGCACGUCCACCCAGAGCUUGAGGAGAUGCUGGUCCCCAGAAAGAUGUCCAUCAGCCCGCUGGAGAGCUGGCUGACCAUUCGCUACCUCCUGCCCAGACUGGGCGCUGGGGCCCCAGGGACUGUGUCUCCAGCUCAGCUCUAUCAAUGUCCGCCUAGCCAGGUGGGGGAAGGGGUCGAGCAGGGGGAUAAGGAGGUUCGGGAUGCACCCCAGAUGCAGUGCAAAAACAUCCUGAAGAUCCGCCGGCGGAAGAUGAAUCACCACAAGUACCGCAAGCUUGUCAAGAGAACCCGGUUCCUGCGGCGGAAAGUCAGGGAAGGGCGCCUGAGACAGAAGCAGGUCAAGUUCGAGAGAGACUUGAAGCGCAUCUGGCAGAAGGCAGGCUUGAAGGAAGCCCCUGCAGGCUGGCAGACCCCCAAGAUCUACCUGAAGAACCAAUGAGUCUGGAGGUGCCCCCCCGCCCCCCGUUACUGCCCAUCACCCAUUGUAAUAAAGAACCAGCACACUCA